AUGUCUGGCUGGUUUACCUCGUUCCUGAACUGCCGUCUCUGCAUAGGCGGUAAGCUGGUAGAAGACCAAUUGGUCGUUUCUGAUGACACUGGUCUUAUCCUCCCUCGGACUGGAUAUAUCGGUGGUGAUGCAGUAGACUUGGAAGAAGGCAUUAUUGCUCCUGGUCUGCUGGAGCUGCAUACUAAUGGUCUACUCGGUUUUCAUUUCACCCACUUCAACGAUGAGAAAGAGUAUGCUGGUCAGAUUGACAAGGCUGCCAAGUUUCUUGUUACACAAGGUGUGACGGGUUUCUGGGCGACCAUACCCACUGUGUCCUCUGAAGAAUACAAGAAAAUUUUACCAUCCUUGAAGCCUAGGACAAUCGACGAUAGCGCCUCUUUACUCGGAGCACAUGCAGAAGGACCUUACUUAGCACCAUCCAAGAAAGGUGCUCACAACUCGGACCACUUCUUUGAUGGUAGCCGACCGGCAGAAGAAGUCUACGGACCUUCAGCGACAUCUUCUGAGACUCUCAAAUUCGUGACUUUGGCUCCUGAGCUUCCCGAAUCAACAAAGCUGAUCAAAAGUCUUACGAGCAAAGGCAUCAAAGUAUCGCUUGGUCACUCUGCAGCCAGCUAUGAACAGGGCAUUGAGGGUGUCAAAGCUGGAGCGACCUUGUUAACGCACACAUUGAACGCCAUGACACCGCUCCACCAUCGCGAUCCUGGUCUUGCUGGUCUUGUCACGACUGCCAACACAGACACCCACCAAAGUCCAUACUUUACGAUCAUCCCGGAUGGCAACCAUCUCCACCCCAGCGUGGCCACGAUGCUCUUCAGAGCAAAUCCUGAAAAGUGUAUUUUUAUCACUGACAGCAUUGAACUUGCUGGAUUGGAAGACGGUGUUUACCCUGGACACGCUCAAAUACCAUUCAAGCAACGCAAGACGGGAUCGAAAGUGACAAUCGACGGGACAGACACGCUAGUGGGUGGGUGUGCCAGUCUGCAGGAAUGUAUCCAAAACAUGAUGAAGUGGAGUGGAUGCAACGUAGCGGAGGCAGUGAGAUGUGUCACUGAGAAUGUGGUAGAUCUCAUGGGAGAUACAACCAGAGGAAAGCUGGAAGAAGGCAGAAGAGCAGACUUUGUCGUGUUGAACGACGAAGGAGAAGUGCUCCAAACAUGGGUGGCAGGAUUAAAAGUCUGGGAGAAGAGAUGA